AUGGAUGAUGAGCCAGAGGUGACCCAAGAGGGUGAUGUGGGAGGCAGCGGCGGUCGGGCCCCUCGCCCACGUGGUCCGGUCACGGGAGGUUGGGGUUUCGAUGACGACACUGGAGGACCGCGGAUGAGCGCAGAGCCUCCAUCACCUCAGCGUGGCCAUAAGGGCCAUUUUGAGGAGGACGACGAUGCAGUUCCAACAAUUCCAGAUCUUGAAGAGGAAGCAGAGGAAGACAUCACGCGACAAGUUGCAGCACCUCCGAUUGCGGCUCCCUCGUUGGCCGCUCCUGUCAGGACGGUCCGUGAGCUGGAUGGUGCACUGAUCAGCCGCGGCACGCAGCUGCCGACAACCCCUGAAGAGGGCGUCGACCUUGCCCCGUUGAUGCAGUGCCUGUGCUCAGAUCGCCAGGUGUUUGAACAGGACAGUACCUGGGACCAUGAGCUGAUCUUCCAAGAAGUCGCCAGCGCCAUUAAUCAGGACUUGCUGACGGUGGAGGAGGGUGACGUGGAAGAAAGUGAAACUCUGGGCCGCUGA